UCUUCUACAUCUGUAAAAUAAAAGUUUUAUUUCAUAUCAUUCAAAACAAUUGUAAUAUCGAAAAAAACAUUAAUAUUCAGUAGUAAUAAAUACAAGAGUGCUAUUAAUUUAAUAACUGUUCUUUUGUAGAUGAAAAUGAGUCUUAUUUAUUAAAAAUGUUAAUAUCAGUAACAUAAGAAUUACUAAAAAGGGUUAAAUUAUUCCGAAUUGCUGUAAUUCAUGUUUAGUCAUUAAAAUGCCUGCCACAACUUUACAUAAAUUUAUAACAUUUAUAGGACUUAUGUCGAUAUUGCAUGCAGCUUAUUCAGCAGCUCAACAUCGUACGUAUUUACGAAUAACCGAACAAGAAUUUACUACUUUACCAAUAGAUAUUUUAAUACAGGGUAUUGUCAGUUUAUUUAUGGUUAUGUAUGGUGUAAUGUAUAUUGCGGGUGAUUUCAAAGAGAUCCGAGCAGUAGUUGAUCUGGAAAAUAAAUCUUGGGAAACAUUAAGAAAUCUUCCAUCAUUCCAAAUGUUCAGUCAUCGGGGAAGAUCUUUAUCUCCAUAUUAUUCACAAUAGCACUUGUGUUAGUAAUAUUUAUUUCAAAAUGUAAUUUUUGUAAAAAAAUAAUGUAUUCAUGACACAUUCAUAGAGAAUUGCAAAUGAAGUAACAAAUAAAACAUUAUGACAGCUUUGCAA